AUGUCCGGCUACGAUCAGUACAACCAGGGCCAGGGCGGCUACUACGGCCACCAGCAGGGUGGUUACCAGCAGGGUGGCUACCAACAGGGUGGUGGUUAUCCUCAGCAGCAGGGCUACGGACAGCAGGGUGGCUACGACCAAUACAACCAGCACAGCCAGCACGGUAGCCAGGGUGGCUCUGCCAACGACUACUAUGGCUCCAGCGGACAGCAGUCUCAGUAUGGUGGUGAGAGCCAGUACGGCCAGCAGCAACAGUACGGCCAGCACGGUCAGCAGCAACAGUAUGGUCAGGACCAGCGUGGAGAGUACAACCAGCAGGGUGCCCCUGGUGGCGCGCAGGACGGUGAACGUGGUCUCGGUGGUGCCCUCGCCGGUGGUCUGGCGGGAGGCUUUGCCGGUCACAAGGCGGAUCACGGGAUCCUCGGAACCAUCGGUGGUGCCAUUAUCGGAAGUAUCGCUGAAGACGCCAUCAAGAAGCACAGACACAAGGAGGAGGAGCAGCAGCAGUACGGCUACCCUCCCCACGGUGGUCCCGGUGGUCCUCCUCCUCCCGGCUCUCACCACGGUGGCGGUGGUAGCAUGAUGGACCAGUUCGGCAGCUUCUUCAAGAAAUAG